AUGCCGUGUGCUCCGCAGAUGACCCUGCUCCAGCCGGCCUGCCUUGUGGGCUGGGAAGGCCGGCCCAGAAGGAACAGGAUCCGCCGCUGCUCGGCCCUCCUGGGGGAGGAGGUGGGGCCGGACGGCCCCUCGCAGCCCAGAGGCUGGACCGCAGCAGAAUUUAAACCGAGCGAGGGGACGGGUUCCAGCAGCGGAGAGACGAUGCAGCUCGACUAUCCCGGCCCGGCCUCGGCCUCUCCUCGGCCCGCCCUGCCCCGUGGCUGCGAGGUGGCCGCCGGGGGCGGGCAGCUGGCCACGGGGCUCCCCGGCUACUCCGCCUGCGCCCCGGAGCCCCGCCCGGGCCCCCGCGUGCCGGCGGCAGAGGGCACCAAGCCGCCCUACAGCUACAUCGCCCUGAUCACCAUGGCCAUCCAGAGCAGCCCCGAGAAGCGGAUCACCCUGAGCGGGAUCUACCGCUUCAUCAUGGGGCGCUUCGCCUACUACCGGGACAACAAGCAGGGCUGGCAGAACAGCAUCCGCCACAACCUCUCGCUCAACGAGUGCUUCGUCAAGGUGCCCCGCGAGGACAAGAAGCCGGGCAAGGGGAACUACUGGACGCUGGACCCCGACUGCUACAACAUGUUCGAGAACGGGAGCUUCUUGCGGCGGCGGCAGCGCUUCACCCGCAAGCGGGGCCCCGCCCAGGCCGCAGGGGACGACGAAGGCCCCAAGAGGGGCCCCCGAAGCAGGCCCCCGACAGCGGGCCAGGCGUUUGCAGGAAAGGCCAUCAAGGUGGAGGACAGCCCGUGGACAGCAACUCCCUCCGGCCAGCGCCAGAGCUGCAGCCGGGCAGUGCCCGGCACGGAGGAAGCCUUGCCCUCAAAGCUGCCGGCAGGCGGGGGGGAAGGCCGAGGCCCAGCCCUUCCUUGCCCAGAGCCCCUCAGCCAGCGGAGCCUGCCCUGCGCCCAGAUCGACCCCCUGCCAGCCAAGCUGCCGUGCCUCCAUCCACAGGUGGCGCUGGGGUCCAAAGCUCGCCUUUACAGCCGGCCGCCAGGCUUCCCUUCUCCGGCAAACAAUUCCCGGGAGAAAGGGGCCCUUCUGGACGACAUUCAGGACAACCCACUGGCCCCCCCUGCGGAGAGCCUGGCCCCCCAGCCCAGCCCAGAGCCCAAGGGAAGCCUGCAGAGCAGCCCCCAUGCUUCCCAGGGCCCCCCCAAGCCUGGGCAGGAAGGCAAGGGGGUGCCCCAAGCGUUUGGGCAGCUGGCACCCUCCUUCCCGGCCCUUCUGGGGCCCAGCAAGGCCUCCCAGCCCGGCCACCGGCAGCCGUCGCCCAGCGGCCCGCCCGCCUUCGAGAGCAACGAGGGCUGCUACGCCAAAGCCUCGGCCCUGCCCGUCUUCGGCUCCUUCGGCUACUCCAGCCCCGAGGCCCGGGGCGGGGGCUACCAGUGUCGCCUGCAGGCCCUGAAUUUCUGCGUCAACGAAGCUGGGCGCGGGCCCGCCUUGGAACACCUUUUGACGGCCCCCCCGGCUGCCAGCGCUUCGGCUCCCAUCCAGCCUUCGUGCCCCCCCUUCGUGCAGUUGCCAGGGGAGCAGGAGGCCUGGCCAGGGAGCCCCUUCUCCCUGCAAGGGGGCAGCAGUUAUCAGCUGGGGCUCCCGCACUGCCUCUACAGGACUCCGGGCAUGUUCUUCUUCGAGUGAUGGGGGAGGAACUGCGCCUACAGAUGUGCCCCGCCAGGGCCAUGGAGGAUGGGCACUCGACGUGCCUCUGAAUUCCCGAGUUCUGGCAGAGCUAGUGGGGGCUGCGGGUGACCGAAGCCCCCUUCCCUUUUCCCUGAUCUGCACUUUUUCCCCAUUGGAUGGAUCAAACCUUGGCUUUAUUUUAUUGGGAUAAAUAGAUAUUCCACCCUUCUGCAUAGAACCCGUUUCUCUGUGGACCUCGGCGGGAGUUAAGGCAAAGCUGGCCAGGAAACCAAAUGCAGGAAAGUUGAUGUGGCUCGUAGGAAAGGGAGGAGAUUGAAACGCAGACGGACCAGCCGUGGCCAAAUCCUGCCCUGCCUCUGAUUCCAGCUUUAAUAACGGCAUUGCACCCUGGCCAGCCUCUUGCCUUGCGGAUGCCUGGAGGGGGGAGGAGGGGGAGUCCGAGCCCUUCGCGUGGCCUUCUGCGGCGAGAGUUGCCAAGGGGCCGGCCGCCAGCAAAAAUUAAACUAAA